GGACGAUAUUCGCUAUCUUCCCAUGAGCCGUUCUCGCAACGAGGACUCACGCGUCCGUCCAUAAUGCGCCUCCUAUCCUCACCGUUCCCUCUCCUCCUAAUCCUUAUCUGUCUCCUCCAACCAACUCUCAGCGCCAAAUCGACCGCAACCUCCUUCUGCAAAUGCAUCUGCUUCAACAACAGCACCAUCAUCGCCCUGAACCCGCCUCCUUCCUCGACCCGAGCCGCCCGACCACAUAACCUAGACGUCCGCUCGCCAGCCGUCCACGCAGGAGCAGGCCUAUUCCCAGGCAGAGACACAGACGACGAAGAAGACAGGGCCGCAGCCGCAGCCUCAGCCUCAGCCGCUGCCGCUCCCAAAGAAGACGACGGCGACGAUGCCAACGACCACCCACCAGCUGCCCAACCGCACAAACAUCACAAGCUCACAUGCGCCGACUGCACGCGCGCAUUCUGCCUCGACUACAAUCUGCCCAUAUGCAAAAACGCCGGGGAAGAAGACGUGUUCACUACUUGCUUCCAGCGCGAUUCUCUCAAGGAUGAAACGGUCGUCGUUGUCUUCAUCUUCGCCACAGCCGGUCUCCUGGGCUGGGCUCUGGUAAAACCCUGGAUCGACCGGCUCAGGGAGCGGAAUACAUUCAUGCCGCUCCCUCAACGUGAUGGACCUCGUACGAACAGUGGUCGAUGACAGUAUUUGAUAUGAGGCGUGCAUUAUGUGCAUUCACGCCUUCCAUUAUCUUCAUUCGCAUACACAGGGGUAUCUAGCUCACUGUAUUGCUCAGCUUCAUCUGGUCUCGUUCGCAUUGUAUUCGCCACAAGAAAGCACGCCUGAACCCAACAUGACCAGCACACAAAUCACGAAGCUGAUGGAUUAUCCACACCAAGAUGCUGCCAGUAAUUACCCAUUUUUCCAUGCAAGAGAGAACGCUGAAGUCGACUUUUUUUCAACGCUGGCUAAGAACGCUGCUUUCAUGUCUGAAGAAAGGGUACAUCCCUCUCAUUUGGAAGGAAGAAGGAAUCCAACUCGUUCUCUCUGAAGAACGCCUCCAUCCCAAUCUUCUUUCCAACCAACUGGUUCCCACAAGGUCGCGUUCACCAUGCGAGCUUUGUUGGAGACGGAUCGCAAAUCCAAGACUUUUUGGCGACGGGCUUCACGCUCACUAACGACGUUGGCCAUAAGUUGGGAAGCCUCGGAAAUAUCGCGUGUUUGAAGAAUAGAAUUGAAGCAGUAAAGAUGCUCGAAAUCCACGUUGACGAGGAUGUUCGAAGCCACCGUAUCUCUGAAAGUGGAAGCCGUGGGCAAGAUCUCGGAUUGUGGCGAGGUUGGUGACAUAUCGGCUGACGACGGCAUAGAGCCGAAGACCAUCGAAGCCAACGCCGGGUUAUGUUUCGGACGGCCACUGUCGGGCUGUGGGAGGCGAGAGGCGAAGUGGAUUGGUGUCGAAUUUGUGUCGAUUUUGAACUUGCUGAUGUCCAUCCGAGUUGCCAAGAAGUGUAGGAUUGACCUGAUCAUGGCGUUGCUGGCGACAACAUAAUCUGAUCCGGUCGUGUUCUUAUUGGAAGACACCACUGGAGCAUUGGCGAGCUCCAUCGCAUGCUUGUAGGUGAUCUCAAGAAUGUCCCAAUCGAGGUAGUUAGACAAGAGUCUCUCUGCACAUGCAGACACCUGUUCGAUGCCUAGUUCG